GGGGCAGGCGGCGCGCGCGCGGUAGCGGUUAACGUCCCGACGGGCGGCGGCGGCGGGGCCGGGCUCUGCUCUCUCGCGCUAGGCCGCGCGCCUCGGCCGGGAUGUUCCACCCGCUGCAGCGGAGGCCGCCCGCCGGCAUCUAUUGGUGGGGCGCCCGCUCGGGGCCCGCGCAGGCCCUGCGGAGCCGCUACCAGCGGCUGCUGGGCUGGCUCCAGAAGGAGCCCGAGAAAUGCCCCGGCCCGAAGAGCCUCCUGGCCCUGCUGGCCAGCCAGUGCAGCUACGUGACCGGCCAGCGGGUGCGGCGGGCCCAGCAGGUCGGCCAGCUCUACGGCGACAUCUACUCGGAGCGGGCGCGCUGGAGCCUCUUCCGCUGCCUGUGGCGCCGCUUCCAGGCCCGCCACGCCGGCGCCUGCAAGCUGAUGGCGGCCCUGGCCGGCGUCUUCCUGUGGGAAGAGGAGCGGAUCCGAGAGGAGGAGUUGCGAAGGUCUGCAGAGGAGAUGAAGCACAUGGAGGAAGUCUCCAGGCUGUUCCAGGGCAGCGGGGGAGAGCACCAGAAGCUGGUUUCCAAAACCCAUGUUGAUUUAACAGCCGCUCGCGAAGAGCACCCCUGGGAGAUGGUGAUGGACAAGAAGCACUUCAAGCUGUGGAGGCGUCCAAUACAAGGGACCCACCUGUUUCAGUACAGAGUCUUUGGGACGUAUACAGAUGUGACUCCCAGGCAGUUCUUCAAUGUGCAGCUGGACACUGAGUACAGGAAGAAAUGGGAUUCACUGGUCAUCAAACUGGAUGUGAUUGAGAGAGACCUGUCCACUGGCUCGGAGGUGGUUCACUGGGUAACUCACUUCCCGUACCCAAUGUAUUCACGGGACUAUGUGUAUGUUCGGCGGUACAGCGUGGACCAGGAAAACAAUCUGAUGGUGCUGGUGUCACGAGCAGUGGAUCACCCAGGUAUCCCAGAAGAUCCCGAGUUCGUGCGGGUUCGAACCUAUGAAUCCCAGAUGGUUAUCCGACCACACAAGACAUUCGAUGAGAACGGCUUUGAUUACCUGCUGACGUACAGCGACAAUCCACAGACAGUGUUCCCGCGCUACUGUGUCAGCUGGAUGGUCUCUAGUGAAUCAGCCUGAUCUGCCCAUGGGCCAUCAGCAGGAUUCAGCCCUUUGCAAACCCAGCCCUCUCCCACUUGAGCUAACAGAGGGGAAUAGUACAAUGACCAUCUCUUACUCUACGUGGAUCUGCACUAAAGGGGGAUGACACUUUGCCAGUAGUUUCACAGAAAUUUGCUGACAGCAGAGGAGUCUGGAGCCUGAGAACUCCAUGGCUUGAUACCAGGUUUUGGGGAAGUAUACUCUAGUGUAGACCACCAUUGUGUUCCUGUACCUCAGCCUGUUUGUUCCCCCUAUGCUCCUUCCCACCCUCUGGUUCCCAUAACCCUACCACCAUUUUCUCACUCGCCUACAGAGGUACUUCUUCCUUCUACCUCCUUAUUUCCUGGGUACCAGAAGGGGGAGCAAUCAGCAAAGGAGAGACAGGCUCCUUGCUUUAGGUUCCAGUGACAUAGCAACAGUCAGGAGGAGCAAUUGCGGGGCAAGUCCUGAUCAGCCCCGGGAUGGAGCAGGCUCACUUGGGGAUGACACAUGGGGUUGUGAGGGGAUGGAGCAUGUUCAGUGCAGAUGGAAUCUAGGGUGAUUUAGUGAACUUCUCCCUUUUCUAAAGUGCAAACUGAGACUUCUUCACAUGCUUGCGAUUUGGCCAAAUUUGGAUUAAUUUUUCACAGGGAUGGGCACAAGUCACAUCCCUGACACCAUAGCAUCUCCCCAAUGAAAUUUCAAGACCUGCUGCAAAGCAUGGGGUAGCAGAGCUUCUCAGUGAAAUAGUUGGAAGACUUUGUUUUAACUAACCUCCUCCUCAGAAAUGACUGAACAGUUGAAACUUCCCAGACAAAUUCAGCCAGGGGCAGAAAUAUGUCCUGAGAAAUUUCAACCCAAAGUGUUAAUGUUUGGCAAAUUUAUACACAACUGAAAAGAGGGUCUUGUAAUGGAAAGUAUUUGGGCAACCUUAAUCUAGCUUCAUGUAGAACAGAACAGGAAGUUUACUGCCAUGGCCCUGCCAAGUCCUUCUUGAUUUGAUAGCAUCUCUGUAAACAAUAGUGUACACCUUCCUGUGAGUGUUCUUGUGUGUGCUUUCCCUCGCCACCCCAUAGCACCAUUGGCCCUGCUUAGAGGAGGAAACUAGGCAAGUCACCUUGCCUCUCUGUACCUUGAGAUCAGUGUGUCAGUGACCUAGUUGGGAGUUCCUGGCUACCAUACUUACUCCUACCUCUUAGUCAGGUGGCUCACUAGCUCCGGGGGGCAUGGAGGUGCCUAGGUUUUGCAGAGAUGGGUGCUCCCUUUGUGUGCUAGACACUGGAUAGAUUGUUUUGGUGGCUGUUUGUGUUGAGGUAUGAGCCUGUUUUUGGAGCAGUCCAGAUGUCCCCUCCCUGCACUUCCUUGGUGCUCACUGUGUCAUUGCCUUUCCUGACAGGCAUGCCAGACUUCCUGGAGAAGCUGCACACAGCGGCUCUGAAAGCGAAGCGGAUGGAGAUUGAAGUGCGGGACUACAUCUCUGCCAAACCCAUUGAGAGCGGCAGCAGUGGCGAGGGGAAGGCGAGCAUGCCCAGUGCAGAGCACAAGAACGAAGACACCCACAGCCCUGCGCAGCUUGAGUACGCCUAAGGGCUGGCAGUGCCACCUGAGUCAGCACCCUAGCCUCUGCUCCUGGAUCCACAGAGCAGGGCUGAUGGGGAGCUAUGAUGUCAGUGUAGCCACUGGAGCUUAGUUCAGCUGUUCUCCUUUUGUCUCCAAACCUCUCCUCACCUCCGUCUUCUGCAGCAUGUGGGGAGAGGGGUCUCUCCCCUGUGUGAGCCUUGUUCCUAGCAAGGCCUGGCCAUUGAAACACAACGUUGUGGCUCUCUCUCUGUACUGGUGUUUUGUCCUGGUGAUGGGAUGCCCCAGAAAAACACCUGGUUUCUGUCACAGUAUGGACAACAUGUCUCUCCCUCCUUCCCUCCCCUUUCAGCUCGUGUUGGGCACAGAUGCCACUGGCUCCUGAAGCUCCAGGCUCUGCAGUGCUGGGGGUGGGGUCUAGGGAAGCUUAGGGGUGUGCUGGUCUGCAGCCAGCCCCAAACACGUUACGCGGGUGGGGACAGGAGGAUGGGAUCUGUGUUCAGCAGCACCAGGGCUGUGGCACUGUGUGUGUACUGCAGUUUGCCUCUGCCACAUGAGGGGAGUGUUCCUCUGCUGUCCAAGUGCCUUUCCCCCGCAGCUGCCCUGGCCUCAGCUGGAAGCAAAGCGCCAUGCCUGGCAGGGGUUGUGGCUGUACUCAGUGUUGCCCACUGGAACAGGAUGAUGCUUCCUGGGGAACCAGCACCGGAGCACCUGUCACCAUAUUUUUGCCUGUGGUUUCCUGGUGGGAAGAAGGAAGGACUCUUGGCAGCAUUACUACCUGUAGCUCUGCAGGCUGGCAUGGGAGAGGGACUUGGUAUCACUUGGGCAGGGAGUAUGGAUUAGGAGGCCUGGUUCAGCUGCCUUCUUGCCUCAGUGGCUUUUUAUUUUGAUUUUUCCCUGGGAGGGCACAGCUCCUGCUCCUGUGAAUGCCCAUGCCACCAUAACUAACAAGGGAACAGAAAACUGCCCACAGCUGCCUCUUGUGGUGAGUUAGCUGCACCUCUGUCUUGUAGGAUCAGAGACACUCGUGCAGUCAUGGCUGCUACCCAGCUUCCCUUGUGUUGGGAGAGGAGGUAUCUCCCAGGCACACCAAUGAGGGGAAGCUGUCAGGAUGCAGCCAGGGUGAGGGUAGCUGGCAGCACUUGCUUUGGUAGGGAGGGGUCUGGAGCAAUCUAGGAAAGUGGUUAAACCUUAAUAAACGAGUAAGUUCUUGUAGCAAUGACCGAACUGCAUAUUGGGUCAGGCUAAUUGCAUGUGUUCACCUCAGAGGUUCCUGUUCUGCCCUGUAGUCCCGGUUUGGAUCUAGAGGAGAGACUGAGAGUUCUCCCCAUCCUGUGUAUUUCCUGUUACUCAGAAUGUACUAGCCAGUGUGUGUCAGCCUGGUUCUCCUUGUGAUAGGCAGAGUUAGUCCAGUCCCCUGGGGGGGCAGGGGGGAGCACACAGUGCAAAUGCUCUUCCACGGGGCUGAAGUCUCAUGCUUGAACAGCCCUAAUUGCACCAUCACAGGGAAGGACUCCAUGAAUUCUCCUGUGCUGUAGGGAACUGCUGCUCAUGGCACUUGCCUGGUGGGGCUCACCUCUCAGUGCAGGGAGCUGGGACGUUGGGGCCAGAGCUUUCUGCCACCUCCCAUUCGGGAUAUACCUGGUCCCAGCGGAAACUGAAUUCUGUGCUGAUAGCCCCUAGUGGUCAGGUACCCCGACCCCACUCCUUUUCUUAUAACAUGCGGUUUGAAGUCCCAUGUAAGACAGACGGCAUGAGCCUGGUGGGCUCCUACAAACAGAUCCUGCUGUGGUGCCAGAAAGCAACUCUUUGCACCUCCCCUUUUCUUCAAGGGCCUGGCUACCAUAGGGUACAGUGAGUGAGUGGGAGGGGGCUCGACCCUCAUCUGAGUGCAGUUGAGGGGUGCUGUUUUGGAGGCCUCCUGGCCUCUCAGUUCCUGUUUGUGACCAUUGGGGUCCAUUAACAGAGCCACGCUGGAUUUGUUACUUCACUCAAACCUGGCAUUUCUAUGAAAACAGAUGUGUGAAUAAACUUAUACUGGUACAAA